AUGCUGUUCACAUACCUAAUCAGCAGCCUACUGGCAGCACUCGUGUACGGGCAGGCAACUCAAGUAGUCGAUAGUGUCCCUUCCGGGGCACCUGUUGUCGACCUAGGCUAUGCAACUUAUCUUGGCUAUGUCAACGAGACAUCCGAGAUUACAUACUACAGAGGCAUCCAGUAUGCUCAGGCACCCAUAGGACCGUUGAGAUGGCAGAAACCUCAUGCUAUCGAAGCCAGCAACGAGUAUGACGGCGCUACCUUGAAUGCAACUACUGUAGCACCGAUCUGUUAUGGUAGCCUCCCACGAAGUAUCGUCCCUGCUAACUUCCCAGGUAUUCCUGGAGGCUCAGAAGACUGUCUAAUCCUGGAUGUUCUGGUGCCGAAUCGACCUCGAUCGACUCGACUGCCUGUUAUAGUUCAGAUUCAUGGCGGCGGCUAUACAUUCGGCAGUGCGCAGAGCUAUCCCGGAGAUGCCUUAGUGCAUUCGGCCAACGGCAGCGUUGUCUAUGUAUCUAUACAGUAUCGUCUCGGGCUCUUCGGCUUUCUAGGCGGGAGCCAAGUCGCUGAGAAUGGCGUCCUCAAUGCUGGGCUUCUGGACCAACGAGCGGCGCUGGAGUGGGUGCAGAGAAACGUCCGGUCAUUUGGCGGCGAUCCAGCACGAGUCACUAUCUGGGGCGGCUCCGCAGGGGGAGGAAGCGUUACUCUCCAAUUGAUGGCUGCUGGUGCUGUUGAUACUCCACCUUUCUCUGCAGCCAUCGCUGAGUACCCAUGGUGGCAACCACUUCUCAACGUCUCCCAGCAAGAGUCACAGUACUACAACACUUUACGACUUUCGAACUGCUCUUCCAUCGAUUGUCUCCGCAGCCUCUCCUCACAGACGCUCGAAACGCUCAAUCAGCAAGUGCAGGACGCAGCCUACCCAAGCCUGGUGGGCUACGGAUCUUUCUACUUUGGACCCGUCGUGGAUGGCAGGUUUGUAAAGGAACUUCCAGAUACCGCAUUCAAGCUGGGCCACUUCUACGAUGUGCCCCUCCUGGUUGACCACGAAGCCUACGAAGGCAAUAGCUUCACUAACGUUUCGUUGAUGUCGCAGGUUGUGGAAACAAUGGACGCAAAGAAUCUCUUUCCAUUUGCUGGUCCGGCUUUCUUCUCCAGGUUAUAUCAGCUAUACCCUCGAUCGGACUUCAACUCGACCUUUUAUCAGCGGGCACAAUGGUUCGGAGACUUUUCGAUCGACUGUCCGACGUACUUCAUGGCGUCGCAGGCUGUAAACCACAACAGCAAUUCUUCGGCCGUCUUCAAGCUUACCUUCGCCGCCGGAGCGCAGACUCAUGCCAGUACAGCACCGUUCUUGGCGAACGCAGACAUCGACUACUCCGGUGCUAAUAAUCGAACGCUCGCUGACAUCAUGACUGCAUACUGGGUCUCGUUUGCGGUGAACCAUGAUCCCAAUCCUGGUCGGUCAGACAAUGCUCCAUACUGGCCAAGCUAUCACAGUGGUGGAGAGGGUGACGUUGAGAACGGAGAGAGCGUUGGUUUCACGGAUCUAGCGGUCACAUACACAACCAUCGGGCCACAAGUGGAUCCAGACGCUAACCCGAGAUGUGAAUUCUUGGGUAAUAAUGGUUAUGUUAUUAGGAACUAG